AUCCACUUUGGUGGGAGUCAAAUGGAAGUGAUUGGUGGCUCCUCCUCCGUCUCCCUCCUCAUCUCUUCCCGCUACAAUCUCUGCUUCACUUCCAAGGUGCUUCCAUGGAACUCUUUACUUGUUAGCCCUGUAAAAGCUCGGUUGUGCAAUUCAUUAUCGUGCGUAAGCGUAAAUGCUAGUGAUAGAUUGGCAGCUUUCAACUCUAAAAGGGUUCAUGAGGAUAGGAGUUUCCUUAGGUUGGUAAGAAGGUUCAACAAGAGAUUUGCUUUUGAACAUCUUGUGCAUUUUAGGAGGAAAGGACGAUUAUUAUCUAAAGUAAGGAAGCAUACCAUCAGCCUUUGGAAACUAGCAGAGAGUUCUGAGAAAUUUAAAAAUUUGUUCCCGGUUCUUGUUGUGCCGAUUGUAUUGGGAAUGAUGCUGUUUAUGACCAUGACUAUUCCUGUUAGCAGAUCUCCUUCCUGGGCACUCACUGAGGAGAAUCUGCUGUUCCUCGAGGCAUGGAGAACAAUUGACCGUGCAUAUGUUGACAAGAGUUUCAAUGGACAAAGUUGGUUUAGGUACAGAGAAAAUGCACUACGCAAUGAACCAAUGAACAAUCGUCAACAAACAUAUGCAGCAAUAAAGAAGAUGCUUGGCACCCUGGAUGACCCUUUCACUCGUUUUUUGGAGCCUGAGAAGUUCAAGAGUUUGAGGUCAGGAACACAAGGUGCUCUUACUGGAGUAGGGUUGUCAAUUGGCUACCCAACUGGAAAUGAUGGAGCUCUGUCUGGACUGAUGGUUAUUUCAGCUUCUCCAGGGGGCCCUGCGAGUAGGGCUGCCAUUUCCCCAGGUGAUCUAAUUCUGGCUAUCGAUGAUGCUAGUACGGAAACAAUGGACAUUUAUGAUGCAGCCGAGCGCUUGCAGGGCCCCGAAGGAAGUGAAGUACAGCUAAAAUUACGAAGUGGACCUGAGAUAAAAAAUCUCUCAUUAACGCGGGAAAACAUUUCAUUAAAUCCGGUGACAUCAAGAGUAUGUGUGACACCUGGUUUGGGGAAGGGUGUCUCCAAGAUUGGAUACAUCAAGUUAACAUCAUUCAACCAAAAUGCUUCUGGAGCUGUCAAGGAAGCAAUCGAGACUUUAAGGAGAGACAAUGUUGACGCGUUUGUCUUGGACCUUCGUAAUAAUAGCGGUGGUCUUUUUCCUGAAGGAAUUGAGAUUGCCAGGAUUUGGUUGGACAAAGGUGUGAUCGUGUACAUCUGCGAUAGUCGUGGAGUCCGAGAUAUAUACGACAGUGAUGGAACCCAUGCAAUAGCAGCUUCAGAGCCUCUAGCCGUGCUGGUGAAUAAGGGAACUGCAAGUGCAAGUGAGAUCUUAGCGGGUGCAUUGAAGGAUAACAAGAGGGCAGUGCUUCUUGGAGAACCCACUUUCGGCAAAGGAAAAAUCCAAUCGGUUUUUGAACUGUCUGAUGGGUCUGGCUUGGCUGUUACUGUUGCUCGUUAUGAGACCCCUGAUCAUAUCGACAUCGAUAAGGUUGGCAUAAUUCCUGAUCAUCCAUUGCCAGCAUCAUUUCCGAAGGUCGAUGAUGGUUUUUGUGGCUGCAUCGGGGACCCUGCUUCUGGUUGUUUUCUAAACAGAGUUGGAUUAUUUUCGAGAUGAUACCAUUGUAUAUCAUACACUUGAUUUUAACGUUUGUUCGACUAUUGGUUAUUCGUUCAAAAAGACCAUGACCAACAUUUGUAUAGUUUUGAAGGAAAUAUGGAAGAAAAUGAAGUGAAGCUCUUGUGG